AUGCAGGCCCUACCCACUGGGCCCCGCGGCUGGACGGGCAUCCGCUGGGCGCGGGCACGGGGCGCUGUCGGCCACUGUGGGAACGCCGAUUGGGCCCCUAGGCAUGGGGGCGCAAAUGGCCAGGGGUGCCAUUCAAAGAGGGAAGGGCGGCCAAGGAUUCGCGUGUGCGCCGACGCCGACGCCAGGAGCGAGGCGGUGAACGUGGGACCAGAAAAAAGGGCGAAUGGCACCCCUGGGUCGGUGGCCUUUGAGCCUGACCCAUACAUACCCCAUCCAGAGGAAUGCAGUGCUGAGAGUACUCUAUCAGUCGUUGUCAUUGGAGCAUCUGGAGAUCUCGCAAGAAAGAAGAUUUUCCCGGCCCUGUUUGCAUUGUUUUAUGAAGGCAUGCUGAUCGAGAAUUUUCAGAUUUUUGGAUACGCCAGGAGCAACAUGGAUGACGAAGCCUUCAGGGACUCUAUUGCAGAGACCCUGACUUGCCGAAUCGACGCUGGGGAGGACUGUGGCAAGAAAAUGGACAUCUUCUUGAGCAGAUGCUUCUAUCAACAGGGUCAGUAUUCCGAAGCAAAAGACUUCCAGCGCCUUGAUGCCAGGCUGUCCGUGAUGGAGGGUGCACUGUGUUCAAACAGGAUGUUCUAUCUGUCCAUUCCACCAAAGGUGUUCAUCAGUGCUGCUGGAAAUGCUGCUGACUAUUGCUCCAGCAGGACUGGUUGGAAUCGCUGUGUAGUGGAGAAGCCUUUUGGCCACGACAGUGCUUCAAGUCAUGAACUGUCAGAAGCACUGGGGAAGCACCUCUUAGAGGAUCAGAUCUACAGAAUCGAUCACUAUCUGGGGAAGGAGCUAAUUGAAAAUCUGACGGUGCUCCGCUUCUCCAACUUAAUCUUUGAGCCGCUGUGGUCACGGCAGUACAUCCGCAAUGUACAGAUCAUAUUCUCAGAGGACUAUGGCACAGAGGGGAGAGGUGGAUACUUUGAUGAGUAUGGUAUCAUCAGAGAUGUGAUCCAGAACCACCUGCUCCAGAUUGUUGCUCUUUUUGCCAUGGAGCCACCGGUGACUUUGGCAGCAGAGGACAUUCGGAAUGAGAAGGUGAAGGUUCUACGCAGCCUGAAGCCUGUGAAAAUAGAGGACGUGGUGCUGGGCCAGUACACUAAACGGGUCAGCAAGGCUCACACAUAUCCAGGGUACCUGGAUGACCCCACAGUGCCCAAGAACAGCAUCACCCCAACAUUUGCGGCCGUGGCGAUGUUCGUCGACAAUGCCCGAUGGGAUGGUGUGCCCUUUCUGCUGAAGGCGGGGAAGGCGCUGAGCACGAGGGGGGCAGAAAUUCGAGUUCAGUUCCGCCAUGUCCCGGGCCACCUGUACCGUGCCAAAUUUGGCGCUGACCCAGACGCUUCCACAAAUGAGCUCGUCAUUCGCAUCCAGCCUGAUGAGGCCAUGUACCUGAAGAUAAACAGCAAAGUGCCGGGCCUGGGCUUGAGGAUCGAGAACAGCCGGCUGGAUCUGCCCUUUCAUGCCAAAUUUGAUCGCGAGCUUCCAGAUGCAUACGAGAGACUGCUGUUGGAUGUCAUAAAUGGUGACAAGAGGCUGUUCAUCAGGAGCGAUGAGCUGGAAGCUGCCUGGAGCCUGUUCACACCUGUCCUGCACAAGAUCGAGGAGCUGCACGCACAGCCCGAGCUGUACCCCUACGGCAGCCGGGGCCCGGUGGGCGCUCACUACCUCGGUGCAAAGUACAACGUUCGAUGGGGGGACUUGUCAUACACGCCGAAUGGCGGCGGCUCCUGA